AAAUAUAUACACCCCUACUGUCUCUCCACCACGCACAUAACGUAGUCUGCUGUACAAACCCUUCACUAAUCAUGGGUCUAAAUGUGUAGCCUACCCAUGCCUUGUGUACUGAACCCGGGUACUGAAUUAGGUCCUCUCGCUCUGCACGGCUGAAUUGAAACAGCAAGUUUUGUGUGUGCUAGUCUUUCCAUGGAGACACACUCAAAGGUUCAAUCAGAGUCUGUGCCUGCGGAAUACACAUAACGCUGAUCUUCCAUAUUAGCAUGAUUGAUAUUGAUGAUACAAUAUACAGAUGAAUGAUUCGUAAGCUACAGAUGUCAUAUCGGCUUAGCUGGCGCUCUUGCGGCGGAUACUCCAAGUUAAAAUUCGAAGUGAGACUACACCUCACGAUCAAAGGUUCUAUUGACUAUUCAGGACGGAGUAAAGACGGUAAUUAACAUCACAAUACCAAGAAGUCCAAGCAGAGCACAUUGUCAACUUACUGAGCAUCUUUAUCUAUUGUAUUGCCCGAUGCGAUGUUGAGCUCGUGUGAGCUGAACGACCAUUGCUGUUGGCUGUAUGUGAACGGGACGUUUCGCACUCAAUUAACCGGUAACAUCCCUAACGAUCCAACUUCCUGAAAGAUAGUUCCUGAUGAGUGUAGCGUGCAUGAAUCGUGCCCCUUAACCGUCCAAGCUUCCAGCUUAUUGAAGCAUACACAUUCGGCGUUACCUACAGAAACCAUUGCAGGCAAGGCAUCCUUAAUUACUUGAGACCUUCAAACGAUCAUAGCUUCAUCUCAUCAGUUGAUAUAUUGAUCUACAUAUGAAACCAUAGCAACUGCUUUCUAAUAUGCAAAUCAUCCAAAUGGUGAAUCGAAGUGACUUUUUUUCAGCCGUGAUAUUGCCAAACAUCAUUGACCGCCCUAUGUCAUCUUGGUGUGUAGUUCGGUUUCCAUUGCGCAAGACAUGCAAGAGGAGAAUGAGUGGAUGAGGAUUCUGUCUAGAUUCUUAAUUCAAGUUUCCAUUGGACUGUGUGGUGUCAUCCUUUUUCCAAGGCAUCUAGUGCAUCGUUUGGAACAAGGAAAUUUGAAUGCGUUAAUGACAUAGAGCAUGUAUUCAGUUACAGGAGAAUGUAAUACAUACAAGCUACUAUUAACACUGCAAGAGAAAUUGGAAAGUUACAGCUCAUUGAAAUACUUUAGAUUUGUGUUAAAGCGAACUUGUUUUUGUAUAUGUACUUCGAGAUGGUAAUAGUGUGGCUUAGGUAAUAGAACCACAUGAGAAUUGAACUUCCGAUUUCACCUUGGAAUAUGCAUCUGACAAGCUCGAAGUAAUGUAUUACUUGAAGACCAUCAUUCCUUGAAGUCUCAAAUAAGGAAGGUAAUUAAUCUGCAUCGUUAUAUCCAUUAACUGUUCAAAAUGACUUACUGUUCAUUUUACAAAAAAUUGUUACUUCUUACUAUCGCCUUCGGGUUGGGACAGUUCAUUGUUUACAUGAGCGGGGACGGGGGUGAUUAUCAUCACCGAAUUAACGAUCGGAUGAGAGAGAAAAAAGCUCGAGGUUUGAAACCCAAUCCCAUAGAAGUCAAAUCCAAGAGGACAUCACACUCGAGGACCUUUGUCAACCAUAGUAGUAACAGCAAUGAAAUUGUGACUGUGACGCCAUCACCGAAAGUACAGUUCGAUGGAUCAUGGAAUUCUUCAUUUGUAGCUCCAAUGUAUCACAGGCACUACCAAGUUAAUUGCUCUGCUAUCGUGGCUGAUAACCGACGAGCCAUAGAUGUAGCUAACCGUCUGAUGGGGAAACAGAAGGGGUCGAUAGCAGUGCCUUCAGAUGACACUGUUUUGGGGUGGACAAAGGAUUGCGAGGUAUUUAAAAGAGAGCGACGCUAUCCAGAGAAACCGCGAUCUGUUGAGGAAGAGGAAUAUCCAGUCGCUUUUAUUAUAGUGACGCACAAGGAGUCGGCACAAGUGGAGCGAUUGUUGCGCGCCAUUUAUCAUCCUCAAAACGUUUACUGCAUCCAUCCCGACGUGAAGUCCCCACCUGCAUAUCAGGAUGCAAUUAGAGGUAUGGCGUCUUGCUUUGACAAUGUCUUCAUCCCCUCCAGAGUUGAAGAUGUUCAGUACGCAGGAUUCACUCGCCUCCAAGCCGAUGUCAAUUGUAUGUCGGAUCUCCUGCAGCACAGGGUCCAAUGGCGGUAUGUCAUCAACCUCUGUGCCCAAGACUUUCCGCUUAAGACAAAUCUUGAGGUAGUGCGCCAAUUGAAGGCAUACAAAGACAAGAACGAUAUCAACGGCAUUCUCCCACCGUCAUACAUCAAAGGCAGGACUAAGUCACACUUCAUCGCUGCUAACGGCAAAAUGGUAGCAACGCGGAAGCUAAAGACGCCACCUCCGCAUAAUCUUACCAUCUACUUCGGCAACGCUUACUACGCAGCAAGUCGCCAAUUCGUUGAUUACGUAAUACACAACCAAGUAGCUGUAGAUCUUCUUCAGUGGUCAGAGGACACGUUCAGUCCAGAUGAGCAUUACUGGGUGACUCUCAACCGUAGUCCUGGUAUUCCAGGAGGUUACGCCAACGCAACAUGGGAUGCAAAUGUACGCUUUAUGAAGUGGGGUGAUGUACCCACGCAUCCGGCUUGUAAAGGAAAGUACGUCCGCGCCCUCUGCGUUUUCGGAGUUGGCUAUCUGAAUUACUUGGUGAAGGUGACCCACCUGUAUGCUAACAAGUUCUAUUAUUCAUUCGAUCCUGUUGUUCUUCAGUGCCUUGAAGAAUUGUUAGACUUCAGGACUGCUCACCCAGAAGCGAUUACUGACUUUGUACCGAACUUUCCAGUCACUGAUAUGGUAUGGCAACUAAAUUAGGCAACAUUCACCUAGCUGGCGUAUAAAGGACUACAUUGUGGCUGGAAUUCGAUGUUAAUAAGAUUUUCCGGUCAACUUCCACCUAAGAACAGACAGAGUAUGUUAAUCCACAUUUGGUUUUUACCUCUCAUUUAACUGUGGGUGGCCAAACAUCGAUCCGUCUGUGUUUUGUUGUUGCACUUACUUACAUGUAUAUACCUACGUUGGUCGAGGUUGUAUGGUUCUUCGUCUAUAAUAAAAUAAAAAUUUAUAUUUCUUUCUAUUUGGGGAGCCCAUUACAUUUAGAUUAAGGAUUUUAACAUUAGUAUUACAAUGUUCCAUUUUAUAAUUUUGUUUGCUCAACUGCUUAGUGCCGUUGUAAAAAUUGGGUGUUACAUGAUCUCUUUAAUGUGUCAGUUUAGGGGAAAGGGAGGCCCGUAGUGAUUUGUGAUCAUUUCCUGUCUCAUUCUUAUUCUUCUGACAAUCUUGCUCAGUUAAACCAGCAAGUAGUUAAGAGUGCAGCCAGUAAAUGUUCUAGGGUCAUGUGACAACCCAAGCUGCUCCACCUCGACGACGUGACAUGGCUCUGGGAAGCGGGGGUCCAUUGAAUAAAUAUAAACGCAGCACCCUCAAGAAUUCUGAUAGAAGUUGACAAAUUGAUAAAUGUUAGGAAAAUAACCUUUUUUAGUGACACCCCCCCCCCAAAAAAAAGAGGGGGCUUCUCAAAUACUUUUUGACCCAGAAUAACCUGCAUUUUGUAGUAAAACUCUUUUGUUCUUUUUUGCUUGACACAUUUUCUUGGACCAAAAUAACUUUCAUUGUGUAGUGAAACCUUUUUUCUUUCUUUUUGCUGUCAAAUUUAAAUUAGCACCCCCAUUCAAAAAAUUGUUACCAGGGCCCUGCAAUGCAAAUAAUCAAAAGUAGUCUCUAUUUGUACUGGACUAUUUAAAAGGUGGAAGCCAAGUAACGUAUGGUAUUGUAAUUUUUCUCGCUCUAAUACGUUAAUGGAGUCAUAUUUUUCAUUCGGUUAACAUACUAUUAUUUGUUCACCUUAACUAUGAAGGAAGAAAGGAACAUUAUUAAUUCAGGAUUUUGUUUGAUCUAU